GGGAAUGGCAACAGCCUGCUGGGAUCAAUGUGAACUGCCAGCUGCCGAUCUUGCUGUUGACAGUAAAAGCAGAUAUGUUCCUCUCUCACUGCCAUUAAUGCUGACCAUGACCCUUCACACCAAAACCUCUGGAGUUACCCUGCUGCACCAGAUUCAAGGCACCGAACUGGAGACACUGAGCAGACCUCAGCUGAAGAUUCCCCUGGAAAGAUCGCUCAGCGACAUGUACGUGGAGAGCAACAAGACAGGAGUUUUUAACUACCCAGAAGGAGCCACUUACGAUUUUGGUACUACGGCUCCAGUGUACAGCUCUACUACUCUCAGUUAUGCCCCUACGUCUGAAUCUUUUGGGUCCAGCAGUCUGGCAGGAUUUCACUCACUGAACAAUGUCCCACCAAGUCCAGUGGUGUUCUUACAAACGGCGCCCCAGCUCUCACCCUUCAUCCAUCAUCACAGCCAGCAGGUACCCUAUUACCUUGAAAAUGAACAGGGCAGCUUUGGGAUGAGGGAAACUGCUCCUCCAGCCUUCUACAGGCCAAGCUCUGAUAACAGGCGCCACAGCAUCCGGGAGAGGAUGUCCACUACCAACGAGAAAGGGAGCCUGUCCAUGGAGUCCACCAAGGAGACCCGGUACUGUGCUGUCUGUAACGACUACGCUUCAGGCUACCAUUAUGGGGUCUGGUCUUGUGAGGGCUGCAAAGCUUUUUUCAAAAGGAGUAUUCAAGGGCACAAUGACUACAUGUGUCCUGCUACUAACCAGUGCACCAUUGACAAGAACAGAAGAAAGAGUUGCCAGGCUUGCCGACUAAGAAAAUGCUAUGAAGUGGGAAUGAUGAAAGGUGGUAUCCGGAAAGACCGCAGAGGUGGGCGAAUGAUGAAACAAAAACGUCAAAGAGAAGAGCAGGAUUCCAGGAACGGGGAGGCUUCUUCUACAGAGCUGCGAGCUCCCACCCUUUGGACAAGUCCCCUGGUGGUGAAACAUAGCAAGAAGAACAGUCCAGCCCUGUCCCUGACAGCAGAACAGAUGGUCAGUGCCUUGCUGGAAGCUGAGCCACCUAUAGUUUAUUCUGAAUAUGACCCAAAUAGACCAUUCAACGAAGCCUCUAUGAUGACCCUGUUGACCAACCUUGCAGACAGAGAAUUAGUGCACAUGAUCAACUGGGCAAAGAGAGUUCCAGGAUUUGUGGAUUUAACACUCCAUGAUCAGGUCCACCUGCUGGAAUGUGCCUGGUUAGAGAUACUGAUGAUUGGCUUAGUCUGGCGCUCCAUGGAACACCCAGGAAAGCUUUUGUUUGCACCUAACCUAUUACUGGACAGGAAUCAAGGGAAAUGUGUAGAGGGCAUGGUGGAAAUCUUUGACAUGCUGCUGGCUACUGCUGCUCGGUUUCGCAUGAUGAACCUUCAAGGGGAGGAAUUUGUGUGCCUUAAGUCCAUCAUCCUGCUCAAUUCUGGUGUGUACACUUUUCUUUCCAGCACCUUGAAAUCUCUGGAAGAGAGAGACUAUAUUCACCGUAUUCUGGACAAAAUCACAGACACUCUGAUACACUUAAUGGCUAAGUCAGGUCUUUCUCUGCAGCAGCAACACAGACGACUGGCUCAGCUCCUCCUCAUCCUCUCUCACAUCAGACACAUGAGCAACAAAGGAAUGGAGCACCUGUACAAUAUGAAGUGUAAAAACGUGGUCCCACUCUAUGAUCUCUUGCUGGAGAUGCUGGACGCUCACCGACUGCAUGCCCCAGCAGCCAGGAGUGCUGCACCGAUGGAAGAGGAGAACCGGAGCCAGCUGACAAGUGCAUCAGCUUCAUCUCAUUCCUUGCAGCCUUUUUAUAUAAACAGCAAAGAAGAGGAAUAUGCAGAAUACCAUAUAAAGAAAAGUCAGCAGAUACAAUGGUAUGAGAAACCCAGCAGCGUACUACCUAGUUCACGCUUUCUUUCAUCUAUAGUCCCACCUAAGUAAACACUCCAGUGACAACAGUCACCUGCAUUUUCCAUUUGAGUGUUUGUCAAGCACUUGCCUAAAUUGAUUGCUUAUCCUACAUGGAAGGCAUUUCAUUGCUAUGGACAGCCAGCAAGGAUUGUCAGGCUGACUUGAUUUAAAAUUUGCAGGGUUUUUAUUUAAUUUUGCAUGUAUGUUGAGUAAGUCCCAAUCUAAACCAAAUAUUCAUUUUACUAUAAAUUAAUAGGCCAUACCACCCAUGUGUACUGGUAUCUUCAUGAGUGGUAGCCUUUGUUGAUACCACCCCAAAUUCCGAGCUUGCUUAAUCCUUGUUUGAAACUUUGAAGCGGUUCGGUAGAGAUUCUGGAUGACUUUUUUUGAGGGGCAAAUGGAAAGCUGAUUGGCAACUUUGUGUGCCCUAAUGAAACUGCACUGCUAGUGACUACUUGUUAGUUUAGGUAGAUUCCCACCUCUCUUCCUACCGUAGAAAAGAAUCCCUGUCUGAGAAUAAUACUGUUUUACCUUGCUGGCUUACAUCCCUAUCAAGGUCAUACUGACUAAACUUUUAGAUCCCCUUACCAUAUCCUCUAGCUGAAUUGCAUUGAGUCAUCCUAUCUUGUCUGAUCCUACAAAGCUAAAUUAUUCUGUUGCUUGGCAGUGUGUAAAUCAAGGGCAACAUGACAAACAGUGAUAACAUAGAUAAUUACUCUUAAAUCAGACCAGAUGAUUACAAAACCCAUCAGGUCUUAAAAUAAAAUAAGAAUCUUCACAUACAUACAUUAUCCAUCACUAUUUUAUUAAAAAAAAUCCUCCCCCAUGGUUUGCUUUGUUGUGCUACCAACCAAGGGGUGAGGAUGCUAGUGAAAGACUGGCAGAGCAGGGUGGGAUGGUCCCAUCCCAUUCAGUAGAGUGUGGCCUAGCUGUCUGGGAGGGCUGGCAUCACAGCCAGAGCAGUAGGCUUUGCAUUGCCUUGGCUUGCUUUGGCUCUUGUUGGGUCAUGCUCAAAAAUCACUGUUAAGAGCCAGCUCACCUGUGACACCAGAACUGGGCAAUGAGCCUCAGACAUGGUGAAGACUCUGGGAUUACAUGUACAGGAAGAUAAAUCUGGAUUUCUCCAUGUGUGUAACUGUUUUUCAUAAGGGUUAGUCACAAUCUUGCUGCAAGCAAGAGUUGCAGCAAGACAUGAAGGAGAGAGACUGAAGAAAUCCAUACGAUGUGCUAUUCAAAGUAGGAGUCAAUGCUGCUCUUUGGCUGCAUCUAUGCUAUAAAUUUAAAUGUGUCAGGAAGCGUUGCUGGGUACUGGAAUGCAAUUAUUACAUAGCUAGGGAUAUUUUAUUAGUCUCAUGAUAAACUUUGCCUGUCCUAUCUGCACUUCUGGUUUCCAGGCACGGUUUGGGAGUUACCAUGGACCAGGGACUAUUCCAAUAGCUGGUUGGAAGUGACCACCCUGCCAGUAAGGACGUUUCAUAGCACAUGAGCAGGCUGCUCCACAGCAGCUGGCCACGGUGCUAGAGAAGGGUUCAGGAAUGCUUCUUUUAUUGUUAUAGUGAAACCUUUAUGUUAGAUUAUGUUGAUUGGAAUAUCCUGUAGUAACUAAAUAUAGGAACUAGUGCAACUAAUGCCAUACAGGCAUGCCUAUGUCUAAUUAUGCUCCCUGUUACACAAGCAGAAUCUCUGUGCAGUGAGAUCAAGUUACAUAGCAAUUGUGAAGGUAGCAAGGCAUAGGACAAGCUUGUGCUCCAAGUCAAGGAUUUGAUUCUUUAGUGAAUGUACAUAAUGAUGUCUAUAACAGUUCCAUGUACAUAUCCAAGGAAGUGCACAGUUUAAAAGUCUAAAGCUAGAUGCUACCUAUGUUUAAGAAGAGUCUUCAAAAGCUGUGCAAGCCUACACAUGUGAAGCAGUCACUGUAAGUGAAUAGGCCUUUUAUUGAUGCAUAUUAUAGUGUCAUUUUUUUUCUGAAUGUGCUGAAGGAUUUGUCUUUUUGUGUAUUCAGUAAGAGAGUAUGUGUGUGUGCAUGUGUGUGUGCAAAUUUGGUACCUAAGGGCUUUUGGAGGGCUCUUAAAUGCUUUGAAAGAAAAAUGCACAUUGCUUUUUUUUUUGUUUAGUAGCUGGUUUUCAAAUGUGUUAGAAAAAUCAUGAAUGUCCUGAAAUGAGUGCAGGCUAAGAUCUGAAUGAAGCACAGGAAUCCCUGUAGUUACACUUAUGUGGUUACACCACCAUCAUUCACUUGUAGCCCAGUAUGCAUUAGAGUGGCUUUUUAAAUACUGUAUGUGCAACUUGGAGUUCUCUAUGACAGAACACAUGGAUCAAGCUCAUAAGCUUCAAGGUUUAAACGAAUGCCUCACUUCCUACAUCUCAGAACAGUUCAUUACAUCGCUUCAAGUGUAAAUUAGGCCUAGAGGGAAAAAAACAGUGGAGAGCAAUUCAUAAGAGAGGGUCAGAUUCUGAUGAUACUUAUAUAGGGCAAGCACCACUACACUACAGAUUUUCCCAGUGAAGCUAGAUAAGCGUGAUUUGAAGUGGUAUACAGCAGACAGAAGGGUAUCAUAAUGUGUCUUGGAACAUAAGGAACAAUCAGUCAGCUCACAAUCUUAAUUAUGAAUGCUUUCCUAGGCUCAGCCCUUGCAAGGAAGUCCUUUAGAUUUAACCAGUCCUCCCUUGUUUGUGGUGACAACAGUGAAAGGCACCCAAGAAAGAAAAAGUGAUUCCCAGUAAUACAUUAAUUUACCUUCAGGCAGUUUCAGGAUCUGUGUCAUUAACUUGUUCAUGAGAUUUUAACUGAAGCAGCACCUUAAUGAAUAUAUUAACCUUCCCAUAGUUAUCUAUAAAGGUGAUUGUCCACAUAUCAGACAGCUGAAUGUAGCUAUUCAAUUGAUUAAACAAAGUCUAUGAUACAAAAAUGGUAUCUUUUUUCGUAUGUAAUUCUGAAUUAUGCUCUCAUGUAUGCAAACAAUUGUGCCUGACAUUUGGUAAUUGUUAUUUCACAGGAUGCUAUUUUAUGUGUGUGUGUAUAUAUAUAUAUACUUGCAGCUGACAAACCAGUACUACCUGAAUAUCUGGUGCUGGAUAGUAAAUAAAAAUAUAUAGCAUGUAAAAAAAAAGAAUUGAAAGAAAACUAUUUAAGGCAGCUAAUUAUGCUUUUACCAAAACAUUCAUAGUAAUGUCUCUGGACAGCUAAUGAAAGAAUUAUUUUAUAAUGUUUAUACGUGAAUUUUUUUUAAAAAAAAACCAAAACAAAAAAACCCCACGAAACAUAAGCAAUGUAAUACCAGCACAAGCCAAACAGAAAUAGACCAGAUGAACUGACUUUGCUUGAGAAUAUGGUUGUUACUGAAUUAUUACAAAAGGCUAGGGAGGCAGGAGAGGGGAUAGGGUGAUGUGUAGCAUUUAGUGAUGUCUGAGUUUCCAACAACAUGUGAAAGCUACUCUGGUUUGUAGUGGUUCGAGCCAUGUCUCGACGUUGCAGACUUUGUCUCAGGUAAAACUCCCAGUUGGGGCAGUAGGAUUUGUACUGGGGUAAAAUAAUUUAAUGAGAGUUUCUUGGUAUGUGUUUAUGGUAAAUUUACUAUUAUGUUUCAGUGGUAUCUCUUGAUGAUUUUUUCUCCUUUUGUACACUAAGGGGUUUAAUAAUUUAAAAAUAUGAUUAAAGAAAUAAUCUGAACUGAGCUCCCAAGGAUAUUGCAAGGACUGUCAGCAUAUCACUGGACUUUAAAU